CAGCCUCACCACGUGACCCGGACGGGCGGAAGCGGAAGUGCCGGCCCGGAGCCCGCGCCCGGCGGGUGUCUCCUUUGCGCUGCCCAGCAGCCGCUUGCACCAGCCAUGGACUGCUACACGGCGAACUGGAACCCGCUCGGGGACUCUGCCUUUUACCGGAAAUAUGAGCUGUACAGCAUGGACUGGGACCUGAAGGAGGAACUCAGGGAUUGCCUGGUAGCUGCUGCGCCCUACGGGGGCCCCAUUGCACUGUUGAGGAACCCGUGGCGGAAGGAGAAGGCUGCCAGCAUACGGCCAGUGCUUGAGAUCUAUUCUGCUUCCGGCCUGCCUCUGGCCAGUCUGCUGUGGAAGAGCGGGCCCGUGGUGUCCCUAGGCUGGUCAGCUGAAGAGGAGCUGCUCUGCGUGCAGGAGGAUGGUGGAGUGCUGGUGUAUGGGCUUCACGGUGACUUCCGGAGACACUUCAGCAUGGGCAAUGAGGUGCUCCAGAACCGGGUUCUGGACGCCCGGAUCUUCCAUACUGAGUUUGGUUCAGGGGUGGCCAUCCUCACCGGGGCCCACCGCUUUACUCUCAGUGCCAAUGUCAGUGACCUCAAACUCCGCCGGAUGCCAGAGGUGCCAGGUCUGCAGGGUGCACCUACGUGCUGGACCGCCCUCUGCCAGGACCGAGUUGCACACAUUCUUCUGGCUGUGGGGCCUGAUCUUUACCUCCUGGACCAGUCCGCCUGCUCCGCAGUGACACCUUUUGGCCUGGCGCCAGGAGUGAGCAGCUUCCUGCAGAUGGCCGUCUCCUUCACCUACCGACACCUGGCACUCUUCACGGACACAGGCUACAUCUGGAUGGGGACAGCAUCACUCAAGGAGAAGCUGUGUGAGUUCAACUGUAACAUCCGGGCCCCCCCGAAGCAGAUGGUCUGGUGCAGCCGCCCUCGCAGCAAAGAGAGGGCCGUUGUGGUGGCCUGGGAGAGGCGGCUAAUGGUGGUGGGUGAUGCGCCCGAGAGCAUCCAGUUUGUGCUGGACGAAGACUCCUAUUUGGUUCCUGAGCUGGAUGGGGUCCGCAUCUUCUCUCGUAGCACCCACGAGUUCCUACAUGAGGUUCCAGUGGCCAGCGAGGAGAUCUUCAAAAUUGCCUCGAUGGCCCCUGGAGCGCUGUUGUUGGAGGCCCAGAAAGAGUAUGAGAAAGAGAGCCAGAAGGCAGAUGAGUACCUACGGGAGAUCCAGGAGCUGGGGCAGCUGACCCAGGCCGUGCAGCAGUGCAUCGAGGCCGCGGGACAUGAGCACCGGCCAGACAUGCAGAAGAGCCUGCUCAGGGCGGCCUCCUUUGGGAAGUGUUUCCUCGACAGAUUUCCACCUGACAGCUUCGUGCGCAUGUGUCAGGACCUGCGUGUGCUCAAUGCCAUUCGGGACUAUCACAUCGGGAUCCCCCUCACUUAUAGCCAAUAUAAGCAGCUCACCAUCCAGGUGCUGCUGGACAGGCUUGUGUUGCGGAGGCUUUACCUGGCGAUCCAGAUUUGUGAGUACCUGCGCCUUCCUGAAGUGCAGGGCGUCAGCAGGAUCCUGGCCCACUGGGCCUGCUACAAGGUGCAACAGAAGGACGUGUCCGACGAGGAUGUUGCUCGGGCCAUUAACCAGAAGCUGGGGGAUACGCCUGGCGUCUCUUACUCUGACAUUGCUGCGAGGGCCUAUGGCUGUGGCCGCACAGAGCUGGCCAUCAAGCUGCUGGAGUAUGAGCCACGCUCUGGGGAGCAGGUACCCCUUCUCCUAAAGAUGAAGAGGAGCAAACUGGCGCUGAGCAAGGCCAUUGAGAGUGGGGACACUGAUCUGGUGUUCACGGUGUUGCUGCACCUGAAGAAUGAGCUAAAUCGAGGAGAUUUUUUCAUGACCCUUCGGAACCAGCCCAUGGCCCUGAGUUUGUACCGACAGUUCUGUAAACAUCAGGAGCUAGAGACGCUGAAGGACCUCUACAAUCAGGAUGACAACCACCAGGAGCUGGGCAGCUUCCACAUCCGAGCCAGCUAUGCUGCAGAGGAGCGUAUCGAGGGGCGGGUUGCAGCUUUGCAGACAGCAGCUGACGCCUUCUACAAAGCCAAGAACGAGUUCGCAGCCAAGGCCACAGAGGAUCAAAUGAGGCUCCUACGGCUGCAGCGACGCCUAGAAGAUGAGUUGGGGGGCCGGUUCCUGGACUUGUCUCUACACGACACGGUCACUACCCUCAUCCUUGGAGGCCACAACAAGCGAGCAGAGCAGCUGGCACGUGACUUCCGCAUUCCUGACAAGAGGCUCUGGUGGCUGAAGCUGACUGCCCUGGCCGAUCUGGAAGACUGGGAGGAGCUAGAGAAGUUUUCAAAGAGCAAGAAAUCACCCAUUGGCUACCUGCCCUUUGUUGAGAUCUGCAUGAAGCAACACAACAAAUAUGAGGCCAAGAAGUAUGCCUCCCGUGUGGGUCCGGAGCAGAAGGUCAAGGCCUUGCUUCUCGUUGGGGAUGUGGCUCAGGCCGCAGAUGUGGCCAUCGAGCACAGGAAUGAAGCAGAGCUGAGCCUUGUAUUAUCCCACUGCACUGGAGCCACAGAUGGGGCCACGGCCGACAAAAUUCAGCGGGCUAGGACACAAGCCCAGAAGAAGUGAGGGGUUCACCCCACACAUCUCCUUGAGCUGUAGCCUUGGCCGAAGCGUCACUGCGCAUCCAGCUUCUCCCCCAGAGCUAAGCUGGGGAGCUGGGGUGGGGUCGGAGCCAGGGGUCUGGAUGUAAAUAAAGUUGGGACAUUUUAGAGUG